CGCCACGGACUGUGAGGAAGCCGAUCUUCCUCUGCGCACGCUCGUGAAUAAUCCUCUUGUACAGUCGAAUCUCCACCGCCAUCAUGGCAGACUCCUCCAACCCGAAACCCGCGGAAACUGCAGGGUCCGCCCAGUCCGCGGCCUCGAAGCCGGCCUCGAAGCCGGCCAACCCUGCCUUCAGGAUGAUGGGCCUACCGAACAUCAAAUUCCGCCUCCCGUCACGCAACUGGAUGAUCUUCUGGACGAUCACGGGCUCGUUCACGGCGGCACUGAUCUACGACCGGCGGGAGAAGCGGCGCGCGCAGGAGAAAUGGUGCGAUCUGGUGGCGCACCUGUCGAAGGAGACGCUGCCAGUGGAGCAGAUGCGGCGGAAGAUCACGGUGUUCCUGGCGGCGCCGCCGGGCGACGGGCUGCGGGUGGCGCGCGACCACUUCAAGGAAUACGUGAAGCCGAUCCUGGUGGCCGCAGCGGUGGACUACCAGGUGAUCGAGGGGCGGCGCGAGGGCGAGGUGCGCGCGGGUCUGGCGGAGCAGAUCCGCAAGAAUCGGCGGCGGGCGGGCGAGCCCAGCAGCGUGGUCGAGGAGCCCAGCGUCGAGAGCGUCAUCUACGACGCGCGCACCCGCAUCGGCAUCACCGACGAGCCCGGCCCCAAGGGCGACCUGGUCAUCGGCCGCCACACUUGGAAGGAGUAUAUCCGCGGUCUGCACGAGGGCUGGCUGGGCCCGUUGGACCCUCCCCCUCCUCCGGUUUCUGACCCGGUCGACGACCAACCCACCCUGAACCCCGACUCCCCCACCCCCGAGAACCAAGAAACGCCUCUCAACGAAGAGAAGAAAGACGAGCCGCAGCAGCCGAAGAAACCUACGGGCCCAACACCGACCUACCUCCCGACAACCGAAUACGCACAGCAACCGCUCCCAUCGACCCUCCCCACCACACUCGACGGCUCCGUGCCCAUCCCCUUCCCGCACCUCCUCGGCUUCCUGAACACCCCGAUCCGGAUCUACCGGUACCUCAACCGGCGAUACCUCGCGGACGAGAUCGGGCGGGACGUAGCGGCGCUCAUCCUGGCCUCAUCGAGCCGCCCCUACGCCGAAACCCAGCCAGACACUACCCCAUCCACCGAACCAGAACCAGAAACCACCACCUACGAACAACAAAUAACUCUUCAAGACGCCGAACAAGACUGGCACAAAUCCGUGCACAAGCCGUACGAAAACGACCCGACGCGAGAACGCGAAUGGCUCGACCCCGUCGUGCUGGACGCGCGGCUGGCGUCGCGCAUGCAGCGCUACGUCAUGAGUCCCGAGGAGGAGGACCGGGCUGCGCGCAUUGCCGCCGGGGAGGAGUAUAUUCGGGGCGAGGAGCGGCCGGCGCCUGUGUCGGUUUGGCAGCGGCUGUGGGUGAAGUAUGGGUAUGGUGAGGACGAGGAGACGCUGAAGCGGCGGCCGAUCCUUGGGAACUUGGAUAAUGAGGAUGGGGAGUAGAUACCCCGAAACUAACGAACUUGUGAUGGGAAGAGGGGGAGCCGGAGGGGGGGAUGUGGCUACAUGUAUAAAAUGAGAGUCAUACCGGUAUAGACUUUUCUUGCGUUAUGUGGCAUUACAUAGAUUUGAGGCAGAUGUGCGUGCGAGGCCCGGCAUUGUGUAUAGAGCUUGGUGGGAUGGUGGAAUGUGUCCUUUUGGAUGGAGGGAUCUUGAGUUGAUACGAUACGGCAUUCUUUCUGUAUUGCAUGGGAAACGUCGCUGCUCUUGUUUUUUUCUAUUGGUGCUUGUUAUGGGUGUAUAAUAUUCAAUUUAGAGGUGUUCUGUUUGUUUACUGUCGGU